AUGGCCAGAAAUGACCAAACUUUGCGUUGUCUGGAGAACGUGAGCGAGAAGGACAGCGAUGGAAACUUCAUCGAAUUGUUCAGCCACGCCACUUGGUUUUUACGAAAAUUUAUCUACGGACCCAUAAAAAAAAAAAAAAAAAAAAAAGAAAGUGACGUUUUUCCUUUGACAGAAGUGAAUUUCGAUGGCUUUUUGAUGCCAGCUCCUCGCGAUUGGAGAAAAAUUCUCAAAUCGUAUUACGGCGAUUUUAUGAGAAUUCCAUACAGAGAACCUCCCGCAAACAUUAUCGCAGAUGCACUACAGAGCAGCGAGGAAAUCGUGAAAUCAUGA